AUGAACAUCCACAACAAUAUUGAAGAAAUCAAUAGAAAGAGGAAGAAUUUUCAUACUCAUUUCGAAAAUCCUUACGAAAAUGAAAAUCUACUAGAAGAAGAUGACGAUGAUGAAUUUUUGGAACUUUCAUUAGUGACACCCUCCCGUUCUACUAGACCUCGAAUACAAUCGAGUACUUUGAAUCUCCAACAACUCAACAUAAUACCAAAAGAAACUGUUCAAUCGAGUACUUUGAAUCUCCAACAACUCAACAUAAUACCAAAAGAAACUGUUUUGAAUCUCCAACAACUCACCAUGAUGCCAAAAGAAACUGUUUUGAAUCUCCAACAACUCACCAUGAUGCCAAAAGAAACUGUUCAAUCGAGUACUUUGAAUCACCAACAACUCAACAUAAUACCAAAAGAAACUGAAACUCAACUCAACAUAAUACCAAAAGAAACUGAAACUGUUCAAUCGAGUACUUUGAAUCACCAACAGCUCAUUUUAAAACCGAUCAUGAUACCAAAAGAAACUCUUCAACGUAGAAGACGUAACUCCUCAAAGCCAAAACUAAUGCAGGAGGUGAAGAUUGAGACUGUAACUCCUCCAUUUCCUUGGGCAACAAACUCAAUAGCUACGGUACACACAUUGGAAUACUUGUUGUCGAAGCAACUAAUCAUAAUAAGCGGAGAUGUUCAAUGCAGGAGAUGUGAGAAGAGAUAUACUAUGGAAUUCGAUUUGAAAGAAAAGUUUGUUGAGAUUGGAUCUUACGUGAUGAAAAAUAAAACAUUUCUCAAAGAACGCGCACCGUCUGUUUGGACUAAUCCGAUUCUUCCUACAUGUCAAUUUUGUAAUCAAGAGAAUAGCGUGAAACCGAUUAUUUGUUCGGAUAAGAAUAAGAUAAAUUGGUUGUUUUUGUUACUUGGUCAGAUGUUGGGAUGUUGUACACUUGAUGAACUUAAGUUUUUUUGUGAACAUACAAAUAAUCAUCGAACGGGUGCAAAGGAUCGUGUUCUUUUUUUGACAUACCUAACGUUGUGCAGGCAAGUCGAUCCAACUGGUCCGUUUCAUCGUUGA